ACCGGAAGUGUCCCUGGGGCACGCGGCCGGAAGUGCGCGCCUGAAGGAGGUGGGGCCAAGAUGGCGGCGGAGAUGGAGGAGAAGGGGUUCGAGCACAUGGGGCUGGACGGGCGCCUGCUGCGGGCGGUGGCAGAGCUGGGCUGGGCAGUGCCCACGGCCGUGCAGGCCCGUGCCAUCCCGCUGGCCUUGGAGGGCAGGGACGUGCUGGCACGGGCCAGGACGGGCUCGGGGAAAACGGGCGCCUACGGCCUGCCCCUGCUGCACAAACUGCUGGGCAUCAAGGAGGCGUCCCCGGCCGUGCCGCAGGCCGUGCGGGCGCUGGUGCUGGUGCCCACGGCGGAGCUGGCACGGCAGGUCGGGCACACCCUGCGCCGCCUCGCCGCCUUCUGCGCCCGCCAGCUGCGCGUGGCCGAGCUCUGCGGCCACUCGGAGCUGGCCGAGCAGCGGUCAGUGCAGGUGGUGCCCCCCGAGCCGCGCCUGCCGGGCCGUGCCCAGCUGCAGCAGUUGCAGCUGCGCUGCAGCACGGAGGAGGACAAGUUCCUGCUGCUGUUGGCGCUGCUGAAGCUGCGGCUGCUGCGGGGCCGGGCGCUGCUGUUCGCGGGCAGCCUGGCACGUGCCCUGCGCCUGCAGCUCUUCCUCGAGCAGUUCGGCAUCGCCGCCUGCGCCCUCAACCCCCAGCUGCCUGCCCGCUCCCGGUGCCACGCCAUUGCCCAGUUUAACCGGGGUCUCUACGAUUUCAUCGUGGCCACCGACGAGGAGGGGCCGGCAGAGCCGCCCCGGCAGCGCCCGCGCCGGGGGGACACGGCCAGGAAGGGUGGCAGCAGGGGACAGUCCCCGCCGUGUCCCCAGGACCCCGAGUUCGGGGUCUCUCGUGGCAUCGAUUUCCAGAACGUCGCCGCCGUCAUCAACUUCGAUGUCCCCAACUCGGUGGAGACGUACAUCCACCGCGUGGGCAGGACGGCGCGUGGGGACAGCCCUGGCACGGCGCUGACGCUGGCACUGCCCGAGGAGCUGGAGCGGCUGCGGCGCAUCGAGGACGCGCUGGCGGCAGAGAAUGGACAGUCCAUGCUGCAGCCCUACGAGUUCCGCAUGGAGGAGAUCGAGACGCUGCGGUACCGCUGCAGGGACGCCAUGCGCGCCGUCACCAAGCAGGCCGUGCGCGAGGCGCGGCUGCGGGAGCUGCGCCAGGAGCUGCUCAACUGCGAGAAGCUGAAGGUGUACUUUGAGGACAACCCCCGGGACCUGCAGGCGCUGAGGCACGACCGGCCCCUGCACCCGGCCAGCGUGCAGCCACACCUGCGCCACGUGCCCGACUACCUGGUGCCCCCCAGCCUCCGCGGCGUCGCCGACCCCAACCCCAAAAAGAGAAAAAACCCCCGAGGGGCCGCGGCCAAACGGGGCAGCAGGAAGCCGCGCGGCUCCGGGAAUCCCCUGAGGAGCUUCAGCUUCGCCCGGCGCGGGCACCGAGCGGGCACGGCCUGAGCUGGC